AAAUUUCUUUUAGGUAACUAGUUGUUUAGGCACAAAGCAAAUUAAGUAGAAGCAGGGUGCAAAGUGCGUUUUUCAUCUGGCUGCCCUUAACUCAGAGCCUCAGUACUGUUAUCUGUUUAAGGUGACUUUCAUUUGGCUGAACCUUGCCCAGAGAGCUCAGAGUAGGCUAGAAGCUUCCACAAGCCGGAAGAACACAUCUAGAGAAGAGGGGAUGGAGAUAGAUUACCAGCCUGAGGAAUCAAUUGUCUCUUCAUUUGAUGAGGACUCCGUUGACCUUGGUGACGUCAAAGACAUGAGACUGGAGGCAGAAGCAGUGGUCAAUGAUGUACUUUUUGCCGUCACUGAAAUGCAUGUGUCACAAAGUCUCAACAGUGCGUCAGAUGUGGCCUACAUAAAUGUGGAAAUAAGAGAGGGCAAUCGGUAUUGUCUGGAGCUCACAGAGGCAGGACUGAGGGUGGUGGGCUAUGCGUUUGAUCAAGUGGACGAGGAUCUGAGCACCCAGUAUCAUGAGACUGUUUACUCGCUUCUGGACUCGCUGAGCCCAGGUUACAGAGAAGCCUUUGGGAAUGCUUUGCUCCAGCGGCUGGAGAGACUGAAGCAAAACGGACAGUAAAAAGGACCAAAAUGCUGCCGAAGUUGUAUGUGUGAAACAGGGGCUGAUGGAGUUUAGGAUAUGAGCCAAUCUGGUUAAAUGUCAUAGCCUAUGUGACUUCCACUUGCCUAGCUACCACUGCAGUAAAGGGAACAAUGCCCUGUCAACUUUGCUUUGUUCUCAAUUUCAUUGAAUGACUUCAUGUUAGUUUAGUGACUGCUAUGGAUCAGCUGUGUUGCAACAUUAUACUGUUGACUUUAACUGUGGAAAGAUCCUCUAGCUUCCACGUUACAAACUUCCACGUAACUGUGCACAUUAAGAAUUUUGCACCUUUUGUACUCAAAAUGAUCUGAGAACAAAGCAAGUUAAUCCAGAUCCCACCUCUGCCCUGCACUAAAGCUGUGAUCUGAUAACAGGUAUCUGCUCAAAUAUACCCAACUGUUAUUCAUCAGGUGUCGCAGUGAAAGAGCCAAAGCUAUAUUCUCUCUGUUUAACUCAUAUUCUGCCUUAAUGACUUUUGGUUUAGGAAAGUACAAAUAACUUUAAGAGUUCACUCAUUUAGCAUUGACUGGCUAUCAUCUUACAUGAAGAACUACAGUGGGUAUGGAAAAGAUUCCCCUCUUUGAAAACAUUUUGUUUCACAGCCUGAAAUGAAAGCACACACAAACAGAAUUUUUGUGGCUUUAUUUACUCUGUGCAGCUUACAACAUACAAGUUAAAUAAAAACAGCAACAGCUCUGAAAAAUCAAAAACUAGAACAGCCUGAUUUGGAAAAGGAUCACCUGCCUGCAUUAAUACUUUGUUUUAAUUGCAGCCUUGAGUCUGUUUGGAUACUUCUAUACUUUGCACAGCUAGAUUGAGUAAUGUUUGCCUACUCCUCCUUACAGAAUUGUUCAAGCUCAGUCAAAUGGCAUGGUGACCGCAGUCUUCAGGUCACUCCACAGAUUUUCGUUAGGGUUUGAAUAGUACUCAUUUUCUCCAUGUUGCACAAUGAAUCACACCUCAGGCUUGCAUUUCCAACUCUCGCUAUUGAAGUAAAGUGGCUGUGCUUGUAGCGUUUUACAUACGUUUUGUGGGCUCGUUUGGUUCAUUUGUCAGAACACAGCACUUUUUACAAUAUCCUGCGACAACAUCAAAAGCUGCUUUAAGACUGUUUAUUGUACAUGUGAUCUGGUUUUGAUCCCAGUGUUCUGAAAUUGUCUUUCAGAGAACUUGUUCUCUUUGUUAUUUCUUGCUGCUGGCCUUUGCUCAGACCAAUAAAAUCUCAACUAUGUUACA